GGUGCAGUGUUAAAACGCCCACUCAUCCUCACCGAUGGUGUGCAGAACAAGGGGGACUUAAAAAAAAAACCAAAAAAACUUCUGGAACUGUAACAUCCACAUCCAACAGACACCAUGAGCUACGAUUCCCAUCACCGCCGCCACUGGGACAGCAGCAGGAGCUCGCCCUCCAUCCUGAGAUCUUCCCUCUUUCCCGCCUCUCCAGCUGCUCCGGCGGGAAAGAGGAGUUUGAGGGUGACUUCCUCGGAGUGCGAGAGGUUGGACCUGGCCCGGGUCAGCAGCCACAACACGGAGCUGCUGGGCCUGCGCUCGCAGGAGCGGGAGCAGCUGGUGGACUUGAACGACCGCUUUGCCACCUACAUCGACAAGGUGAGACACCUGGAGCUGCAGAACCGGGCGCUUCUGGCCGAGCUGGAGGCGCUGAGGAGACGGCAGAACGGUCCCUCGCGUCUUCAGGGUCUUUACGAGGGGGAGGCUCGCGGUCUGAGAGCCAUGAUCGACUCGGAGAACAUGGAGAAGCUGCGGCUGGAGCAGGAGAGGCAGCACCUGAGCGAUGUCCAUGAGAGGACGAGGCAGCGCCUGGAGGAGGAGGCCAGGCGGCGGAUGGACGCCGAGGAGACCCUGCAGAAGGUGAAGGAGGAGGCCGGGCGGGCGGUCCUGUCCAACUGUGACGCCGAGGCCUCCGUGGUCACCCUGUGCGAUGAGCUGCUGUUCCUGAAGAAGGUGUUCGCCGAGGAGCUGGAGGAGCUGCAGGCACAGCUGCAGGUGGUGAACAUCAGCGUGGACGUCCAGGUGACCCGGCCCGACCUGUCCCUGGCCCUGCGGGACAUCAGGUCCCAGUAUGAGCAGCUGGCCCACAAGAACAUGCAGGCGGCCGAGGAGUGGUACAAGAACAAGGUCAGCAGUGUGGCAGAGGUGGCCAGCAAGAACAACCAGGCGGUGCACGCCAUCCGCGAGGAGACCCUGGAGUACCGACGGCUGCUGCAGUCCCGGGCCUCCGAGAUCCAGGCUCUGCGCAACGUCGUCGACUCCCUCAAUAAACAACUGGAGGAGCUGGAGGAGACGCAAGGCAAAGAGGUGGAGAAGUAUCAGAUCCGGAUCAGUGAGCUGGAGCAGGACAUUGCUGAGGCCAAGGAGGAAAUGGCUCGAUACCUGAGAGAGUACCAGGAUCUCCUCAACGUGAAAAUGGCCCUGGACAUUGAAAUCACAGCGUACAGGAAACUUCUGGAAGGAGAGGAGAUCCGGCUGAGUUAUCCAGCUCUCGCUUAGCGUCAUCCCUGCCCUUCUCUCCUGACUCCUGCUCAUGCUCCAAGAUAAACGCGCCCUUGAACCAACAAGAGGUCCACCAGAAGUCCCCCUUCUUCUACACACGCACGCACGCACACACACACACACACACCACAAACAAUGCACACACAGACACACUGCAGUGGUCACGACAGUUUGAGUGACGACAUUUUGAGCGAUUUGUUUUUCCUUUCAAGUCCCACGCAGGGAGGAUUCUGCCACGUCUUUGCGCAAACAUUUGACCAUUUGUUUGUGAAAGAGUGUCUCUGAUGGGCUUCAUGUUUGUGCCUUCAUCUAAUAACCUCUGGCUUCUUUCCACAAUAUCUACGAUCCAUUUCUGUCUCCUUUAUUCUGGAAGCAAAAGUCUCAAUCUCAAGUUUCACAUCUAGUUUGUCAAUGUUUUUGAGGAUACGUUUCUCAUCUCCUUGCUUCUUUUGCUUCGCUGAUGUUUGUGGUGUGAGCUCCAGACAGGAUGGUUGGACCUGUGGAACUAACAUUACACUUGUAAACCUAUAAGAGUGAACAACAAGCUGAAUAAACUAUAACUGACCUGCA